AUGGGAAACGCCGACGCUGCGAUGAUGUCCCGCGAGUCAUUCAUACCGCCCACUACUGCUUGGAAUGCCGCACUUGCCACUGAUACGAGCACCUCGAUGAUUGCGGGGUGCGAGUUCACUGGGACCAACGUCGAUCUAAGCUUUCGCAAGUAUGCCGACAACCUUGCCAAGACUCACAUCUGCCACGAUGCGCAGGCGGCGGCCUACAAAGUACAGCACACCGACCAGUACCUGUCGACGGCGAAGUCCUUAGGCCCCAUCAUGCAGGCCAGCGGUCGCAACCACGUCGAGCUGGCGCAGAAUGGGGCGUUUCUGGAAUAA